CCUUUGAGCCCGGGUGUGACGAGGUGUUGUUGGUUCCUGGUGGGCGGGGCCUAAUGUCUGUAAACAGAUAGCAUAUUAGCAUGUAGCUCAGCAGCAGCACCGACACAGCUAAUUAACGGACUCCCGGUGCCGCUGCUCCCGGUCUGACAGGAAGUCUGCUGACAGGAGAGGAUCCUUCGACCUGCUGCAUACCACCACAGAAGAAGAAGUUAGUCUCAGUUUACAUUGAGUCAUGUUCAGAGUCAGAUAGAAGUUUUGUCUCAGAGGGACGAGGUCAUCCAGGGUUGCCUGGGGGCCAUGUUGGCUCAGCCCCCGUCUGACACCGACUUCCUGAAGCUGCUCCUCAACACGUGAAGUUCAUCCCCUGCACACGUGUUCUUAGUGCUUCAGCCGUCUGGCCUUGUGUCGUCAUGGCGGGGUCGAGCGCGGCGGCGGAUCUGCUGAUGGAAGGGGGGGGGCCUCCUCACAAAGAGCUGAGCAAGAAGACCCUGGAGGAGGAGGGGGGGGAUACUGCUCUACCUGUUACAGUCCUGCAGAAGAAGAAGGAGGAAGAAGAGGCCACGCCCACUCCGCCUGAUUCGUCCUCGCUGUCGUCAGAAAACGGGACGAUGACGGCCGUCACCACCGAAGAAGAAUCUCUGUCCACGCUCCUCAGACACAGCAGUCCGGACGGGGGGCGAGAGACAGACGUGGAGCUGGAGGAGGGCUCUUCGAUGCUGGGGGCCUCUGAGGAGCAGAGAGGCUCCAUGGACUCAGCCUCCUUCUCCCUCCCCAGCCUGGAGCUCUCUGAAGGGGGUCUGGCUGCAGGAGGAGGGGCGGAGGGCUGCUCCGCCAUGGCGGUGGGGGCCAGCAAGGCCCCCCCGCUGAAGGAGGGGGAGACGCUGGAGGCUGAGGGCGGCGCUGCAGCGGCUCCGGAGGCGGGAGCCUGCAUGCCGGCGUACUACCUGGUGAAGUGGAUCAGCUGGAAGGAGAAGAAGACGCCCAUCAUCACUCAGAGCGAGAACGGGCCGUGUCCGCUGCUCGCCAUCAUGAACACACUGUUCCUGCGCUGGAAGGCGAAGCUCCCGGCGCAGACUGAGGUGGUCACUGCUGAGGACCUGAUGGCUCACCUGGGAGAGUGUGUGUUGUCUGUUACACCCAGAGAGAAGGCCGAGGGCAUGGAGCUCAACUUCCAGCAGAACAUGAGCGAUGCAAUGGCAGUCCUGCCAAAGCUCUCCACAGGUCUGGACGUUAACGUUCGUUUCACCGGAGUCACAGACUUCGAGUAUACGCCUGAAUGCAUCGUGUUCGACCUGCUGAAUAUCCCGCUGUACCACGGCUGGCUGCUGGACCCCCAGAGUCCGGAGACGGUGGCGUCGGUGGGCAAAUUGAGUUACAACCAGCUGGUGGAGAAAAUCAUCGACUACAAACACUCUGCAGACAGUAGCCGAGUCAGUGAAGGUCUUGUUGCAGAGCAGUUCCUGGAGUCCACAGCGACGCAGCUGUCAUAUCACGGUCUGUGUGAACUCAACGCCACGGCAACCGAGGGAGAGAUCUCCGUGUUUUUCAGGAACAACCACUUCAGCACCAUGAUCAAACACAAGGGCCACCUGUACCUGCUGGUGACGGACCAGGGCUUCCUGCAGGAGGAGGGUCUGGUGUGGGAGUCUCUUCACAAUGUGGAAGGCGACGGGAACUUCUGCGACUCGGAGUUCCGGCUGUGUCUCCCCCCCCAGAGAGCGCCGGCCGCCCUGCAGCCCAGCAAGCAGGAGCAGCAGAGGCAGAUCGACCAGGUGACACAGGACUACCUGGUGGCAGUGUCCCUGCAGCAGCAGCAGGGCGGGGCCCCGGGGCCCCUCAGCGACCUGGAGCUGGCCCGACAGUUGCAGCAGGAAGAGUACCAGCAGCAGCAGCAGCAGCAGCAGCAGCAGCAGCAGCAGCAGCAGCAGCAGAACCAGCAGGGGGCGCCGCAGCCCACACAGCAGGCCAGAGGACAGGGGGCUCAGCAGGGCGGAGCCAGAAGAAGAGAGAAGGACUCAGACUGCACCCUCCUAUAGAGACAGACACACACACACACACACACACACACACACACACACACACUCAGCUCGAUGCCAAACCCCCAGUGCUUUGUUGUUCAGACGUGAUUUCUCCGGGUUGUUGCUCUGUAAAGACGGGUGUCUGAUGAAGGUUAUUAUAAAGAGUCAUAACAGAUUUAUUUAUGGUCAAUAAAAUCUUUAAUAAAGAUUAGAAAAAUACCUUUAGGAUAUCAGGGUGGAGAGAAGUAUUGAGAGGAUGUAAAGAAUAGAAAAGUCAUAAUUUCUUCUGGUAUGAAACUGAUCGAAGUGAAGCAGCAGAACUCAGAGGCUACCUUUAAAGUUCUAAGAAUGAAUUAUUAUUACUUAACCAAUUAAUUGUAAUUAAGGAGUUUUUCUCAAAUUUUUCAUCCACUUCUCAAAGAUCUGAAUUAUUUCUAUUCUUCUUUCGAGUUCACACUUGUAUUCCUGACAUUUACCCCUGUAAUUUUAGGAAAGUAUGUAUUUAGCAUUUAACAGCUUUUCCCAUCAAGUCGCGUCUAAACCAGCAUUCAUUAUAUUUAAUGUGUUGGCCAUAAAUACGUCUGUUAUUCGUGUCAUUAGGGAGGGAUUUGUGAACACAGGGAAGGAAAGCUGUGACGUAUUUAAUGCAAAUGAAAGGAUUUCACUACAAAACUAAAAACGCCUCGGUCUGCGGAAUAUGUGUCAUAAGGUUAAUUAUAUUUACUGCAGAUUCAAAUUAAACUGUACAUUGAUCAAUCCAAACCUCCUUCAGGUUUUACCUUUUUUCCACUGCAGGUUUUGAAAGAGAAAAUAACUUCAAUAAAAGCCUACAUUUUAAACGUAUGACCUUAUAUAUCAUAACAUCUGACUAUUAUUUCUAUUUCUGAAUCACAAUCUGAUCAUUUCUAUUUUACAAGUUAGUAUAUCAUAUUUAUGAUUAAAUAUCUAAUAAUUUUGACCUAAUAAAUCAAACACAUAACUCAUCUCUAAAUAAGAUAAUUAUGGAAUGGACCACAUUCUGUCCUAAAACUCAGAAUAUGACUUCAUAUGUCAAUUUGAUUUACUAACUAAUCAUUUCUCACAUUCAUGAAAUGGUGUUCUGUAAUUAUCUCUGUAUAAUCAUGUCUUUAUGAAAAAACAUUACAUUAUACCUGAUGUAGAACCUGCUGUGGAACAAACGUGAGGAACCUGUUGGGAUGAAUUUCAAAAUAAAACAUGUUUAAUAUCUGCUGAAACUGAUUUUCAAAAUAAAACAUGUUUAAUAUCUGCUGAAACUGAUUUUCAAAAUAAAACAUGUUUAAUAUCUGCUGAAACUGAUUUUCAAAAUAAAACAUGUUUAAUAUCUGCUGAAACUGAUUUUCAAAAUAAAACAUGUUUAAUAUCUGCUGAAACUGAUUUUCAAAAUAAAUCUUCCUGUUUUGAAGCCACGUGCUUAAACCAAGUAAUAAAUACGUUUCUGUCGCUGAGCAAACUUUUCCCAUCAUGCCUCUCUGCGUGUGUUCGGAGGCGCUGCCGGUACUUCUUGUUUGUUGUCCGGUGUUUUUAAACGUGUCUGACCGCCGCGCGCUGUUGCAGCUUUGUAUUUAAUUUGUCAUGAUGUCAAAUUAUCAGUAAAAACUAAAGAAAUGA